CCGGCAGGAAGCGCCGCCGCAGGGGAGAAGAUCUUCAAGGGCAAGUGCGCCGCCUGCCACACGACACUCGAAGCGCAGGGCGGCAAGAGCGGGCCAGGUCUGGGCGGCAUCAUCGGCGCUGACGCGGGCAAAAGGGCCGGCUUCAAAUACACGCCGGCGUUCACUGCCGCUUCAUUCACUUGGACGGACAAGGCGAUGUACGAGUACCUAAAGAACCCGAAGACGUACAUCAAGACCAACAUGGCCUUCCCCGGCUUCAAGAAGCCGGAGGACAACGCGAACGUCGUCGCGUACCUGUGCUCUCUC